UUAUCCAUCACUACCUCCCAUUUUAGACGAAAACAAAUCUCCUUUCUCUUCUCUUUCUCCACCAUGGCAAAUCUGACCUUAGAGCUCAACAUCUACUCUGCAAAAGAUCUUGAAAAUGUCAAUCUCAUCACCAAGAUGGACGUAUACGCCGUCGUUUCGAUAGACGGCGAUGAUUCACAAAAGAACCACAAGGAAAAAACACCCGUCGACAGAACCGGAGGAUCUGAGCAUACAUGGAAUCACGCCGUCAAAUUUUCCGUUGAUCAAAGGCUAGCCUGGGAAGGCCGUCUGACUCUCGUCGUGAAACUGGUCUGCGAUCGGAUGUUUGGUGGUAAAGAUCUCGGAGAAGUCCAAGUCCCGAUUCUUGAGCUUCUCAAUACAUCGCCGUCAUUUAACGGCGAUGGUGGUAACGGAAACGUACAAGGGAUGAGAUUUGUAACGUAUCAGGUGAGAACUCCGUGUAGAAAAGGUCAAGGCUCCUUGACUUUCUCGUACCGGUUCGAUAUGCCUUCUUUUAAACCGGAUCCGGUUCAAUCGAAUCCAGUUGAUAUAUCGCCACCGGCGAGCUAUCCUCCGGCGACUGAACCAGGUCUCUAUCCACCACUAUCGUCAAUUGGAUAUCCUCCGUCUUCUCAGCCGCAAGGAUAUCCGGCACCGCCGUUUCCACACCCGUACACUUCUCAUUACCCGGAACAGCCGGUUAACGCUUAUCCACCGUCUCCCUCCGCCUCGCAUUAUCCACCGUCUUCCUCCGCAUCGAAUCUCUAUCCUCCGCCGUCUCACGGUGCUCCUCCGCAAAAUCAUUACAAUGUGUAUCCACCGCCGUCUUACGGUGUUUCUCCGCCGCAACAUUCGAAUGUGUAUCCGCCGCCUCCUGAUAAACCGGUUCACUCGUACCAACAAAUGCAACCGUCACAUUCGUUCCACGGCUAUGCGCCGCCGCCGCCGCCAGAUAAACCGGGACACUCGUACCACCAAACGCAACCGUCACAGUCCUUUCACGGGUAUGCGCAGCCGGUUCACACGUUGCACCAAAUGCGACCGUCACAGUCGUUUCACGGAUAUGCACCGUCACCACAGACUCAGCAUGGGUACGGUUACCCGCCGCCGGGAUACGGACGUGGUCAUCCACCGACGCAAACGCCGCAGAAGAAUAAUAAACCAGGGGUUGGGCUUGGAAUGGGAGCUGGGCUUUUGGGAGGAGCGUUGGGUGGGCUUUUACUUGGCGAUUUAGUGUCCGACAUUGGCUUUUGAUUUUUGAAAAUGUUUUUUUUUUGUGCUGUCAAUAAUAUUCCAAUUGCGUGGCAUGGCAUAUACUUGGUUUUGUUUUUGAUUGAGAACUUGUCUUCUGUCCUGUAGACAGCAGUGUGGAUGUGCAUACAAUACAAGUCAUAGGAGAUAAUACUAUGACCUUAAUCUACAGAAACAUAUCUACAUUUUUAUUUACCAAUAAUGUCAUAUCUAAUAAUGAUACCAGUGUGCUAUUUUAUUUGUUGACUGCA